GGUAGGUUCCGUAGGGAGAGCGCACGGGCACCAAACUGCAACAAGGGCGAAUGCCGCCGCCGCCGCCGCCGCCGCCGCUGCAGGGAGCGAUGGCCACCGGCACCUCCAUCCACGCCGUCCCCUGCUCCGCUGGUCGACCGAAGCGGAGGAGCCAGAGUCGCGGCACCUCCACCCUCUCCGUGCGCGCGUCCACCGACGCUAGCACAGCGGUGACGCUGCUGGACUACGGCGCGGGCAACGUGCGUAGCGUGCGGAACGCCAUCCGCCACCUCGGCUUCGGAAUCCGCGACGUGCGCAGCCCGGAGGACAUCCUCGCCGCCGACCGCCUCGUCUUCCCGGGGGUCGGCGCCUUCGGCUCCGCCAUGGACGUCCUCACCCGCACCGGGAUGGCCGACGCGCUCCGCGAGUACAUCCGCAGGGACCGCCCCUUCCUCGGCAUCUGCCUCGGCCUCCAGCUGCUCUUCGACUCCAGCGAGGAGAAUGGCCCGGUAAGCGGGCUUGGUGUGAUACCUGGAGUGGUCAGGCGAUUCGACUCUUCGAAGGGUCUCAUUGUGCCUCACAUUGGCUGGAAUGCUUUAGACAUCACCAAGGACACGCAGCUGCUGCAGGGAGCUGAUGGCCACCAUGUGUACUUCGUCCACUCCUAUCAUGCUCUGCCGUCAGAGGCAAACAAAGACUGGAUUUCUUCUGUAUGCAACUAUGGCGAGAGUUUUAUAUCAUCCAUCUCGAUGGGCAACAUUCAGGCAGUUCAGUUUCACCCAGAAAAGAGUGGAGCUACUGGGCUUUCAAUUUUGAAAAAUUUUCUCAGUCCAAACUCUUCAGGAUCAAAGGUCCCACCUUGUAGGAAAGCAUCAAACCUUGCAAAGAGAGUCAUAGCAUGUCUUGAUGUUCGGUCAAAUGAUAGUGGGGAUCUUGUGGUAACAAAAGGUGACCAGUAUGAUGUAAGAGAUCACAGCAGUAGCAAAGAGGUAAGAAACCUAGGGAAGCCAGUGGAUUUAGCAAGCCAGUACUACAUAGAUGGUGCUGAUGAGGUUAGCUUCUUGAAUAUAACUGGUUUCCGUGACUUUCCAUUGGGAGAUUUACCAAUGCUAGAGGUACUACGUUGUGCAUCCGAGAAAGUUUUUGUGCCACUUACAGUUGGUGGAGGUAUAAGAGAUUUCACAGAUGCAAACGGGAGAUAUUACUCAAGUUUGGAAGUAGCAUCAGAGUAUUUCAGGUCUGGUGCUGACAAGAUUUCAAUUGGAAGCGAUGCUGUUUUUGCUGCUGAAGCCUAUUUAGAGACUGGUGUGAAGACAGGCAAAAGCAGCUUGGAGCAAAUCUCUAGAGUAUAUGGCAAUCAGGCAGUUGUUGUAAGUAUUGACCCUCGAAGAGUGUAUGUCAAAAAUCCAGAAGAGGUGGCAUUCAAAACUGUAAAGGUGUCCAACAAAGGUCCACUAGGGGAAGAAUACGCAUGGUACCAGUGCACAGUAAGUGGUGGGCGUGACAGCCGUCCUAUAGGAGCAUAUGAACUAGCCAAAGCUGUAGAAGAAUUGGGUGCUGGAGAAAUACUUCUUAAUUGUAUUGAUUGUGAUGGCCAGGGCUGUGGAUUUGACAUAGAUCUGGUAAAAAUGGUAUCAGAUGCUGUGACUAUCCCUGUCAUUGCAAGCAGUGGUGCUGGUUCUGUGGAACAUUUUUCUGAGGUCUUUGAGAAAACAAAUGCGUCUGCUGCCCUUGCUGCUGGUAUUUUCCAUCGGAAAGAGGUUCCGAUUUUAGCUGUGAAAGAACAUCUGGUAGAUGCUGGCGUGGAGGUCAGAGUGUAGGAUGGAAACCCUUUCUAACAGUUGUUUAUUCUGUUUUGGUAAUAAGAUGUCAAUGCAUAUUGCAUAGACCAUGAAUUGGAAAUGCAUUUUUUGUAAUAAAUUGUCUAAAAUCUUCUGUUUGGUUUUU